AUGAAGAAUUUGCUCGGCAAAAACUCGAUGUCCGAUUCUUUAUUUCGUAAAUUGUGGAUGGACAAAUUACCAACUCACACAACUCAAAUCCUAGCUACACUACCAGAAGACCUAGAUUUGGAAAAAACGGCGGAGAUAGCGGACAAGAUAAGUGAUGCUGCAACUAUCAGCAGUGUCAACGCUCCAACGCUACGCGACACGCCACGUGAGGACGAAUUUAACAAGCUGCAACAGCAAAUUAAUAGGCUAUCUGAACAGAUAGACCGUUUGUUUAGAGAGCGAUUAUCCUCAGCUCACAAAUUAUACAAGUCCCAACGACGUUCCCGAUCUAAUUCUCGGGGAAGAAACGAUGUAUAUUGCUGGUACCAUCGCAAAUUUGGACAGGCAGCGAGAAACUGCACCAAACCGUGCAAUUUCAAACAACAACCGACUUCUACGUCAUGCCAGGAGGCGGGAAACGCCAUUCCCAACAGCGCAUGA